AUGACGAGUGAGCUACUCUCUUCUGGUCUUGACAAGUCCUUGCUCUCAGAGGAGACACUUCGGAUCACACCCGAAGGAAUUCAAUGGGUACAAAAAUGUCUGAAUGCGAUCGAGGAGCGUUCCAAACAAUUUCAAUCCAAGGGCAUGACAAAGUUCAACUUCGUGUUUGGCGUCUCAAACUCUUUAAUCGUGGCAUGGAGUUUUGGUGCGCUACCGGGCUAUUUCUGGAUUGUGGCGUGGCUGUUCUCGGCCUUGAUCUUGCUGCCCAUUCGCUGGAACAAUAUGAUCAAACGUUUACCCAAGGAGCACUUGCCACCUGGCAGAAGCUAUGGAAAAUCACUAGUUCCGCCCGUGGGUCACAAGCUGCGGUUCAGGUAUUGGCUGGAUUUCUGCUGGUGUGCCAACUUUGUGGGCGUGAUCUUGUUGAUGGCCCUGCUGUUCAAAGACAUUGACCUGCACGUGCAGAAGUGGGCCUUCUGCGCGGCCUGGGGUCUAGGCAAUGGGCCCCUGCUCUGUGCCAUUGCGGUCUUGGGCAACAGCCUGCUGUUCCACGACUUUGACAACACCUCCUCUGUGCUGAUCCACUUGUUUCCAUCCCUGGUAAUGUAUGAGAUGGGCUGGAACCGCGAGUAUGUUUUCGAGGCGUUUCCCAAAAUCUUCACGCAGCAUGGCGUUUUUGCGUGGGGUGUGGCAUGCCAGGGCCUCCAGGGUAUCACUUUUUCAAUGGCAUUCGCUUGUGGUGCCUUGACAGCUGCCGCGGUGUUGCAACCUGUUGGAACCCUCCAAGAUUGGAAAAAGCCAGAGUAUCUCCAUGGAGACAAAGCCAUCAUCAUGGCCCCCCUGUCCUCCAUGACUCACAAGAAUGCUGUGGACUUGCAAGCUGCCGACGAAGACUUUCGUCAAAAGAAAAGAGCUGGCAGACUGGCAGCGCUGCCACAGCAAAAUGCGUUGAAGACAGUGAACUUUAAGGUGCUCCGUGUGGAGCAGCGACAGAAGAAGAAAAAGCAAGCAAAAGAUGAUGCAUUCGGCGAACGGCACAAUGCUGUGCAGCCCACGCGAGCGGAAGCCAAGGAGCACGGCUUGCUUCAGCUUCUGCAUGACACGAUCUUCCACCACACCAUGAGGGGUGCUGGUGGGGCAGUGGUGUCCAAGCUGCUGGGCUUCUCUCCUGAGGAGCAAAAAGAGAUGGCCCGAGGGAACAGCUUCACUCGAGGCUAUGCGAUUUGGUAUUUGCUUCUCCAUGCAGCUUCUGUGCUCUUCUCCAUUCCUGUGGCGUUGCUAUGUUUUGCGGACAAGAGGGUUCACAUUGGUCUUCUUGGCUCCAUGGUCCUCGUGACGAUUUAUAACGCUUCCUCUCGUUAUACGACGCUCGGCGUGGCGGCCAGCUUGGUGGAGUUUCGGUUCUACAUGGUCUCCAGCUACGGGCAGGCGCUGAGACGGGAGCUGAAUAUCCCUUUGAAACGCGGGGCCUCUGCCCUCAUCGAAUCCUGA